AUGCACUCCCACUCCGGGCAAUUCUGCCCCGGUCACGCCAAAGACACGCUCGAGUCCAUCAUCCAACACGCCAUCUCCAUCGGCUAUAAAACCAUCGGUCUCACCGAGCACAUGCCACGCACCUCCGUAUCCGACCUCUACCCCGAGGAAUUCGCGGAAGCCCCUACCCCCGAAGCCGUCCUUGCCCUCCAACCCCCCCGCCACGAAGCCUACCUCGCCGAAGCGAUCCGUCUACGCGAGAAAUAUUCCUCCCAAAUCACCAUCCUAAUCGGUUUCGAAGGCGAAUGGAUCCGUCCCGAAGACUACUCCCCUCUAAUCCAGUCCCUGUCCGGGAGAGCAGACUACUUCAUCGGCUCCCUGCACCACACCCUAACAAUACCAAUCGAUUACGAUCGCACAAUGUACCUGCAAGCCGUCUGCGCAGCAGCAAAACACCGCGGUCUGCCUGUCCCCUCCGAAGGGGAGUCAUCCGAUGAAGCGGAAGAGGCUUUGUUUGAGAUCUACUUCGACGAGCAGUUUUCCCUCCUCUCAACCAUGCGCCCCAAAGUCAUAGGGCACUUCGACCUCAUCCGGCUGUUCUCCUCCUCCCCUGGCCGUAACCUCACCUCCUGGCCGGGCGUCUGGCGCCGCAUCGAGCGCAACCUUGCGCUCAUCAAAUCCUACGACGGCUGGCUGGAGUGCAAUACGUCUGCCCUACGCAAAGGGCUGGAGGAGCCGUAUCCUAAGCGGGAGAUUGCUGAGGCGUGGACGCGGAUGGGGGGGAAGUGGACGUUUUCGGAUGAUAGUCAUGGGAUUGGGCAGGUGGCGACGAAUUAUUUGAGGGGACUGAAAUAUUUGCAGGCGAUUGGGGUUGGGGAGGUGUGGACUUUUGGGAGGGGAGAGGAUGGGAAGUUGGUCGAGAGGGGAGUGGAAAUUGAGGAGUUUAGGGGGAGUUUGAGGUUGGGGGAGUAA